UUACCUCUACUAAAACAAAACUGAGCUAUGGCUUAUGAUGGCAGAGUCACACACAAAUAGCACUGAUUUUCACACUUCAAUUUUCAGGGAGAUAUACAAAAACAGUUGGCUCAAAAAAGUAUCAUCAAAUUCAAAAAAGAAAAAAGAAAGAUUGUGGAUUGUCUUCUGUAUUCAUGAUGAUGUGAAUGCUUUUCUCGAAGCUUAUUCCGAUAAUAAAAGCGCUAUACUACACAAACCAUGUCAGUUCUUUUCUCUGAAUGAAACACAACAUGUUACCUCUUCGAUUUGUCCAAUUAAUGAAGAAUAUGAAUUUUGUAUUACUCUCCUUGAUCAAAUUAUUAAGCUGGCAGCUCCAUCUCAAGAUCUCAUGAUCGAAUGGGUAGAAGUCCUACGUACUAAGCUGAAAGAGAUGAAAAUAUUAUGUCCAAUAGAAAAUUUAUAUACUAAGUUACCUGAGCCAAAAAAUGGUCUUCCAUUACUAUCAACAAGAGAUCCAAACUCACCAUUGCCUCCACCCCCUGUGGGUACUAGAAGUGACCUUACAAGAAUGAUAAAUGAUGCACCUGGCACAUCUGGUCGUUCUAGGAAUCUGAAUACAACACCUAGAUGGAGAUCAGAGUCCACUUCCUCAUGUGAUAGUUUCAGCAGUCCACAAAAUACUCAAGAGAACGAAGUAUUCAAUUUUGAAAAUUUGAACAGAUUGUUAGAGACUCCUCCGUUAUCUGCCCCUGCAAGUUUCAACCACUAUGAACCUGUUUUCCAAGCGUCUUCCUCUCCAGGCCCUUCAACUAGACCUGAAAUCGAUUUUCAGAAUAGACCUGUGGCCAAUAGUUAUACGAGAUUUUUGAUGCCACCCCCAAGACCAUAUAGAACACUAAGAGAACAACAAGUUCAACAGCUACAAAAUGAAAUGAAGCAUCCAGGUGGUGUGAGACUUCAGCUGAGAAGAAGAGACUGUUUGAACGCAAUAGCAUUUGUAGAUGCUUAUGAAUCUGUGUGGAUUUGUGGAUGGAAACAGAAGGAACAUCCUAUGCUUUACAAUGCAUUACACAUUGGUGAUCAAGUUUUAAAUGUUGAAGGAGUAGUAGUAAAAACAGCAUAUCAAGUUCGAAGGAUUUUGAAGAGCCACUCUGCUAUUUAUAUCAAUAUUGUAAUCAAAAGGAUUCCAUUCGGUAGAGUUUUUGUUAUUCAUCGAGAAACAGAGGGACAAUCACUUGGUAUAAUUCAGGAAAAUAACACAGCUGUUAUCAAGACUGUACAAGCUGGAAGUUUGGCAGCUAAACAUGGAUUGCCUUGUGGAGCCAUGACCUGCGAUGGCACUGCCUUCACCAAUUGGGUACUAACAGAAAUCAAUGGCCGUCCUCUAAAUCUGUAUUUCAAAAAAAAUCAAGUCCGCGAUCGUCUUAAUGCAGUAGGUAGAGAUAUAUCUAUACUAGUGCAACCUCUAGAUCUGGUAAAACAAUUCAAAAAAGAAUUAAAAUCGAUAAGGAACUACAAAGAGUAUCUUUUGCAGUAAAUUAUUAUUCAUGUGAUUCAAACAGUAUUAAGGCAUUUGAAAAAUUGUUUUGUCGUAACAAAUUCCCAAAAUUUCGGGUUUAAUUUAAUAUUUCAAAGUAAUCUUAACUGAAAGAUAAUACUUGAAGAUAACAAAUAGGUUGAAAAUAAUAUCUGGUAAAAAUGCUGAGUAAUGCUCUCAAUGUAGUAAGCAUUACUUGUGAUUAUUUUAUGAAUGGAUAGAUAAAGACAACUGUAAUAUACAAUUAUAUUAUAUAAGUGAAUCUAGGUCUGAUGCAAAACAUUCUGUGAUCUUAAAUAUUGCACUUUUGUAUGAUAUUCGAAUAAUCGAAUUAGUUUUUUGUCUAUGAAGAUGACUCAUAAGGAGCAAUAAUAACUGUAUGAUAUUUUACUGUAGCUUUUCGAAAUAAAAGAUGAUAUCAAUAAAA